GCCAACUUGACGCAGUUGUAGGCUCGUCUCGUGGGGAUCUCAUGCUCCAUGCGGCACCUUCCCCACCAUUCCACUUUAAAGACUGCUCAUAUCUAAUCAUUUCUCGACACAUGUUUUAAGCACCCCGGACACGGUCUCGGACCCAUCAUGGCCAGUAGUCAUCCAGUACUACGUAUUUGGGCUGUCCUUUACUGUCAGUGUUACCCCAUAAUACUCACCGGCCCGGACACUAUCUCCACGUGGUCUAUAAUACCAGAAAACUGUAACCAGCUGUAGAAACUCCACGAUGGGUGUUCCAAAUCAUAUCCAACUCCACCAGGCGUCUGAGCAGGUAUAAGAACGCGUUUCAGAAACAAAGUUGUGGUCAAAGGACUCGUUGACGCCUACAUCUUCCGUUAUGACCCAGCCUUCUUUUGACGAGAAGCGCCAAGCGAAGGACCACACACAAGAUGAGUUGUAUGAAGUUCGAGGAAAUGCCGCUGGGGAUGUUUCGCAAUAUGCAGUUGUAGCAGAGGUCGAGAAACACACGACUUGGUUUGUUUGGCUUCUUGUGGCUUGUUGUACAAUAUCUGGGUUGUUGUUUGGUUAUGAUACUGGUGUAAUCUCUGGUACUCUAGUCACCAUCAACGGAGAUCUUGGGCCAGCUCAAUUAUCAGACGGACAGAAGGAAUUCAUCACGUCCGCCACCACAUUGGGCGCAUUACUCGGGGGCCUUGCUGCCGGUGCUAUGUCAGACUGGACGGGCCGUCGACCCGUCCUUGGCAUUGCAGACAUCAUCUUCAUCGGCGGAGCUCUCGGACAGGCAGUCUGCCAUACGGUUUGGAGUAUGAUUGGUUGCCGGUUCCUCAUCGGUAUCGGCGUGGGUCUUGCAUCGUGCAUCGCCCCUCUGUAUAUACAAGAGCUAUCACCUACACGCCUGCGCGGGCGCAUGGUUGUUUUGAACGUUGUAAUGAUCACCUUUGGGCAGGUAGUUGCUUAUGGAAUUGAUGCAGGUUUUGCAAAUGUGAGUGGUGGUUGGAGGUGGAUGGUUGGACUUGGUACCGUCCCGGCUGGUAUUCAAUUGAUAUUUUUGGCGUUCUUACCGGAGAGUCCAAGGAUACUUAUCCGGAAGGGCAAUAUAAAGGCCGCGCACAGAGUGUUAGAACGUGUCUACUCGCAAGCCACAGCUGAACAGAUUGAUUUGCAGCUUCAGGUUCUUCGUGCAUCGGUACAGCAGAGUAUCGACAUCGCAAAUUCCACAACAUUCUUUGAGCGCUUCAACUCCAUGAUCACCGUCCCCGUAAAUCGUAGAGCACUGAUCAUCGGAUGCGGCAUGCAAGCGUUCCAACAACUCUGUGGAUUCAAUACACUCAUGUAUUAUUCUGCAUCACUCUUCCAGGAGAUAGGGUUCGACCAGCCUACGGCGGUUGGGCUCAUUGUCAGUGGGACAAAUUUCAUAUUCACACUUUUCGCGUUGAAGUAUAUUGAUAUCGUGGGACGACGGAGGAUCAUGAUAUUCUCUGCACCGGGCAUGAUAACGGACUUGGAUUUGGUAGAUAUGACACUGCAUACAGGUGGCGAUCUAGUCAAUGGCGCGUCUUACUCCAGGUCAUGGUCAGCGAUUGUCCUUCUCUCGAUGAUAAUCUUCGUUGCAUCGUAUGCAACGGGCUUGGGAAACAUCCCGUGGCAGCAAGGCGAGCUCUUCGGUCUCGAAGUCCGCGGCAUCGGCACGUCGCUCUCGACUGCGACAAACUGGGCUAGCAACCUUCUCAUCGGCUCGACAUACCUCUCUCUCAUGUCGAAAAUUACACCCGCCGGUGCAUUCGGGUUCUACGCAGGGCUGUGCCUGUUAGGAUGGCUGUUUUGCUUGUUCUGCUUCCCUGAGAUUGCUGGGCUGAGCCUCGAGGAGGUCCAGGGCAUCUUUCGGGAUGGUUUUGGGAUCCGAGAGAGCCAGAGAAUGAGGAAUCAAAAGCGAGAGAUGAUGAUGCAGCAAGACAUCAAAGCAGGGCGAGGGGAUGCAUGAUGGUUUCGCAGUGAUAUAGGGUCCACGGCUUCUCUUUUUCUGUGUAAGAGACACAUUCGCAGACAAGUGACGGCAGGGCGUUCAGCUGCAGUUUUUGAUGUCUAUACAAAAGCUCUGUCGAUAUUCAAUUGAACCGGUUUCACUGUGGA